CACACACACACACACAUAUACACACACACACAAGGUAGCUCUUCAGUAUCUUUCCGGCUCUCGUUCCACGCGCAUCACUACCUCCACCACCUCCACCACCUCCACUACCUCCACCACCUCCACCACAAUCACCAUCACCAGCACUUCACCAAAUCUUCCUACAGGAAGACGAGAUAUGAUGGAGUGAAGAAGGAAAAGCCAAGGAGAGAAAAAAGGAAAAGAGGAAAGGAAGAAAAGAAAGCAGAGAAAGGGAAAAGAAGAGAAAACAAGAAGGAUGAAUAACCGUCGACAGGAGAAGGUGACGUGGUGGCUGGGAUGGGUCGGGGACAUGCCCAGAGUAACCACCUUCCUCCUACAAAAACCUUGGCUCUCCGCUUGGGCCCUACCGAAGACUGUGAACGCUACGCUGAGGGCCAUUGGAAUAGUGGCCUUCGCAAACAGUCCCCUCUCCGGCCUGUUCAUCCUCUCUGCCAUGUUCGUGGGCAACCCCGCCGUAGCCUGGGCGAGCCUGCUGGCGGGGCUGGUGGGAGUCGUCUUCAGCAAGUUGUUGCACCAGCCCGAGCAGCUGAUCAGUGACGGCGCGGUGGUGUUUAACGGCGUGCUGGUGGGCUGCAUCUCCGUGGCCCUCUUCCCCUCCCUCUCCGGGCACCAGGUGGACGCCCUCUUCUGGCUGGCACUGACCGCCAUGCUGGUGAUCACGGCUUACAUCGACAAAGGUCUGAACGCCCUCAUGUCGCCCUCCACGCUCCCGGCACUCUCCGUCCCCUUCAACAUCGCCGCCGUGCUGAUGCUGCUGAGUAUGCGGAGCUCAGCGGGGCUCACAGGCACACUCGGCCCUGACAUGCAGCACUACAGCGGCAGCAACGACAGUGGUGCCCUCCCCUCCCUCAGCGAGAACACAACUGAGAAGGUCGAAUGGUUGAAGGUAAUGGAGGGCAGCGUUUUAGCGGCGGGGCAGAUUUACGGAGUGGGCACAAUGGACGCCUCAAUCCUCAUCCUCCUCGGCUUCCUCGUCUUCUCGCCGCUGCUCACUCUCUUCUUCCUCAUCGGCAGCGUCAUCGGCUCAUUGCUGGGUGUGCUGAUGAGCCCCGCGCCCUACCUGGAGGUGUACGCGGGGCUGUGGGGCUACAACGCCUUGCUGACGGCCGGCGGGGUGGUGUACUUUCUGCAGGUGACGCCCGCCGCUGUGCUGGCCGCCGCCGUGGCCGCCACCCUCGCCGCCCUCGUUCAGGCCGCCUCAGGACACGUGUUCAGUGCGAUGAUGGUUCCCGUGCUGUCCUAUCCCUUCAAUGUGGCCCUCCUGCUGCUCCUGGCCAUCAGCACCACACCCGACCCGCCGCUCCUCUGGGUGCAACACAGGACCUUCCCGGAGCAACACCUUUAUCUGCACCUCAAGGCCCUCAGGAGGAAAGACCAGAACGUGGCAGCUCCAGAGAAUCGGAACCAGGAGGAACUGCAACAAAUCACCAGCAAGUAGGAAGGACGGGAAGAAAAAGAGAAGGAAGGAAGGAAAGAAAAAAGAAAGGAAGAAGAAAGAGAGAAAGAAAUGUUGAAAGGAAAGAGGAGGAGGAUCAAAUGUUACCUACAGAGAAUGAACACAGGAAGAAAGGAGGAAGAGAAGAAGGAAGGAGAAAAUAAGGAAGGAAGGAAGGAAGAAAAGAAAUGAUGGAUGAAUAGAAGCAACGAAAGAAGAAAGAAAAGAAGGAUAGGAAGAAAAUAAGGAGGGGAGGAAAGAAGAAUGAGUGGAUAGCAACAAGGAAAGAAGCGAGGAAGGAAGGAGAUAGAAAGAAAGAGAGAAUGGAAAGGAGUGAAGGAUGGAUAUUUGGAAACAAGAAAGAGAGAACGGAAAGAAGGAAGAAUGAACGUAUACAAGGGAAGAAGGAAAGCAAAUAAUGGUGAAAGGAGAGAAGGAAGGAGAUACAAGUGAAGGAGGAGAAAGCAUACUUCACGAUAAUUAUUAGUAAAUGGAAGUAAGGUGAAGGAAGGAGGGAGGGAAAGACGAGUGAGUGAAAGACUGCAAGAAAGAAAAAAAGAUAAAGAAACAAAGAAAGAAAACAAUUAGAUAGGAAUAGAAAAAGCGAAAAAUUAUAAAAAUGAAAGAAAGGAAGGAGAGUGAAAAGGAAAUAAAGAAAAAAGGUAAAAAGUUUGAAGUAAAAAAAAAGGAGAGAAUGAUAAAGAGUGAACGGGAAAAAAAGGAAAGAAAAGAAGGUGGAAAAGGAAGGAAGGAGACUAUGGGUGAAGAAAAGAACGUGGAAAAGGAGAAAAAAAGAAGAAGAAAGCGAGAGGAACGUAGCACUAUACAGAAAAAUAGACAAAACAAUCUUAAAAAAAUAUGCAACAAACUCACUUUUCCAAUAACCCAAAUUACCUUCCCAAACACCUGUCCUCAUAACUCACCUGUGUUUACCUGGGGCCACGUAAUCCCUCAUUCUUGUCCCGAAUAUUCUGUACAUUGUAAAAUAUAUAGUGUUUAGGAGGACCCUCAAGAUUAUAUGGUAUGUUCGAAUGGCGUAGGAAUUUGAGCAUUGAAAGCCAGUAGUAGUAGUAGUAGUAGUAGUAGUAGUAGUAGUAGUAGUAGUAGUAGAAGAAGAAGAAGACGAAGAAGAAGUCGUCCGGAGCUCCUCACCCGGCCUGAAGGUGUUUGAGAGCGGAGUGAAUCGUAGUAGUAGUAGUAGUAGUAGUAGUAGAAGAAGAAGAAGACGAAGAAGAAGUCGUCCGGAGCUCCUCACCCGCCCUGAAGGUGUUUGAGAGCGGAGUGAAUCGUGGCAUCGGGCACACAAACUCUUGGACUGCUGCUCGGGGCUUUAGGCGCCGUAGGGAAAGAGUUGUCAGGUAAACAGAGAAACCCAACAGAAGCUGAACAAUUGUGAAGCAGACAGUCAAGUUGGACACACGUCCGUCCACCACUCAGACCAGCCUUCGCCGUGACCGGACUCCGCCGCUCCUCCUGGCAUCAUGUCCAUCACAGGGCAGCACCAUGCAGGGGAAUGGUUCCUGAUUGAGACAUUUUGUGAGAAACAUUAUCGUCUUUCUGCAGCCUUUCCUAUUCAGCUGGCGUUCCUCUCCUAUAAGUAUCUAAGUUAUAAGUCUACAACUGAUGGUGGAUGAUGAUAAAUAUUCCCUCGGAGCACACACAAUGCCAAUCCCUCAGACAGUGAACCUACACUAUUCAUUACACUACUGAGCUCACUAUAACCACUGUUCUCACAGAGCCGAUUCUCUGAACUGCUGCAUCAGUCUCCCAUUGUGGUGAAUUGUCUGCUUAUUAAACAAUGAGUUGAGCCACGUGAUCCAGAGGAGGCUUGGCAGUGACUGUUUGGCAGUGUUUGAACUGCUUGGUCUGUGCUGAACAGAAAAGGUUUGUAUUCAACUAGUUGCUUACUUUCUACUUUAAUGGCACUACUAACAAGUGAAAUGUUUUCAAAUUAAAUAGUCUUCGUCUGCACGAGGAGCUCUGUCAUGACCUAAGGCUACGCCCCCCCCCGACCCGAUUACUUUUUGGUAAGCCGUUGAACAUCUGUGGCAAGUGUUUCUCUGUACAAGCCACCUCUUAUGCCUGCACACACUUUCAGCCGGUCCUCUUGUGCGGCCACAAAAGCCUGUCUUCAUGUCUACUAUGUGUACGUAUUGUGACGGAGAGGUGACCUGCAAGGAACAUGACGUAUUUACGUCCGUACGCCACGAAUGAACUAACAAGUUCAAGGGAGAUGACAGAGAUGGGUUUACAUUUACUAACUAACUUUUACUUGCUAUCUUACUCUAAAGGGAACAUUUUUUUUUUUUUAACGUUUGGCCAAUAGCGUCUAUAGGCUUUCAUAAUGGGGCCUGGUGGUCUCUAUCAGCGACCACAAUGCAGGUACCAUUACUUUACUGAUCACUACACACGGCAAAAGGCUUUGUACAAUGGAAUAGAUUUACUUGACGAGACACCAGCUUAACAAGGAUAUAAGGUACAUGGGUGCACAUGAGCAACCGUAGCGAGGCUCUUGAUUUAUCCGUGCGAGCGUCCCGCCUACCAGAAUACACAUGGAAAUGAAACACACAACUGGUGGGAUGGCUGGGCAAAUGAGGGAUCACACACACACACACACACACACACACCUCCAUCCAUAAGGGAGAAAUUUGAGUGUCUGCUCAACGGGAUCAGUAGAACCAUGCCGUGACGGGUGUCUCGUUUGCAGACACUGUCAAAGCGGUCUGGGGGUCUACUGGUUGAUGAGACUAAACCAACAAAAAUCGGGUUUAAUGCCCGAUUUGCAACAAAAAAAUUGCAGGCAAAGGUGCUGGUCCGAGUCCCUGGGCGGGGGCCAGGCGGAUGUGUUCUCUGCCUAGUGCCGGGGGGGUUGGUGCCGCGGGUCAGCAUUUCAUGAUGUGAACACGUGUAAACACGGUACUUGUCUUCGGCAAUGUCAGUGUGUCCUUUAAGUUUGAGGAAAAUACGAGGAAAAUAUCGAUUUCUAAUAAAAAAUACUUUGA